UGUGAUUUUCUAAAUUUUGGUUGAAGAUUGAAGAGUUUCUAAAUUUUUGUGAAUUUGUCUUUCACUUUUCGUUUUCAGUAUCUCUUUUUGUCUUUUUGCUGCACAACAGUACGUUUGUUUCAGUAAUGAUUUCUAAAUCAGUUGACAACGAACUUGUUGCAGGGAUUUAAGGGAAAACGGAGACAUGUAACAGUUUCAAACGGUGGUGAAAAGGAGAACUAAAAACCGAAAUUCCUUUCGCUUGGACGCUGUCAGAAACACAACAUGGCUUCCGCAUUUUUUGCCCUUGCGUGUGUGGUUGUGUUUGUUUGCAUUACGAUAGUAAGCCUACUAACUGGAUUCGCUCUCGUUCUUUCACUGAAAUCUCGCCUGCAGAGAAGACGGAGGAAAGCGUUUUCUGUUGGAUUUUUUCAUCCUUAUUGUAUGGGUGGCGGGGGUGGAGAACGAGUGCUGUGGGCAGCACUGAAUAGUCUUGGAUCCAGACGUUCCGAUGUGGAGUACAUCAUUUACACAGGCGACGAUGCGGACAAGUGUUGUAAAUUUCGAGAGCAUGUGAUACAUCGCUUCAAAAUUUCAAUCCCCGCAGAUAUUACAGUGCGAUUUGUGCACUUGCGAAUGCGGACGCUGCUGGAAGCACAUCAUUAUCCUAUGCUGACCAUGAUCGGGCAAAGUAUUGGAUCCAUGAUAGUUGGUGUGGAAGCAUUAUGGAAGUUUAGUCCAGAUGUUUACAUUGAUACAACAGGGCAUGCUUUUACAUUCCCUUUAUUUUAUUUCCUUGGUGGCUGCUCAGUGGGAGCCUAUGUCCAUUAUCCGACCAUAAGCACGGAUAUGCUGUCUCGUGUGAAAGAGCGGAAGACGAGCUAUAAUAAUGUCAGUUUUGUUUCGCGCAAUCCUUUCCUGAGCGCUCUGAAGAUAUAUUAUUACCACAUUUUUGCUUGGCUGUAUGGAUUGGCGGGUAGAUGUUGUGACAUUCCCCUCGUUAAUUCCACCUGGACGUAUAACCAUAUUAUACAAUUAUGGAAAGGUAGCCAGCCGGUGAUUGUGUACCCCCCUUGUAAUGUGGAAGAGUUUUUGAGAAUAUCACUUCAGCGUGAAGAUAGUAAAAAUGCCGAGCGAAUUUUGAUCGUGUCCAUUGGUCAGUUUCGACCCGAAAAAGAUCACGCACUACAACUACAUUCGCUUGCGGCAUUGCUGUUUAUUCUGCCUAAGGAAGUGCGAGAUCGGAUCCAGAUGGAUUUUAUUGGAGGGUGCAGAAAUGCGGAUGAUUAUAAACGCGUGGAGACACUGGAACAGUUGGCUGAAAAACUUUUAGUGAAGGAUUUUGUGAAGUUCCAUCUGAAUGCAUCUUUCCCCGAACUUUUAGAAAUUUGCCGGAACGGCACAAUUGGGAUUCACACUAUGUGGAAUGAGCAUUUCGGAAUCGGUGUGGUGGAAGGAAUGGCUGCGGGCUUGAUCACGGUUGCUCAUGAUUCUGGUGGACCUAAAGCUGAUAUUGUGGUGGACUUUCAAGGAAAAAACACUGGAUUCUUAGCGUCAGAUGCAGAAAGCUAUGCAAAAUGCAUGAAACAGAUUAUUUUACUUAAUGAGAAUGAUAGAGAUGGUAUAAGAAAGCGAGCUAAAGAAUCCGUUUUACGAUUCACCGACGAAGUGUUUGAUGCGAAAUUUUAUAAUAACGUCGCCCAUUUGCUUUAAAUAAAUGGCUUAUUGAUUUGCAAAGAUCACUAUUGUGUGUAAAGACAGAGGUCAGAUAUUUAAAUGAUCAAUGGAGAAGAUGCCACAGGAGAGUAGCAAGUUAUCU